CCGCGUGGCUGUGCGUCCCGGCUGUUGCCGAUAAAGUUGUUCGAAGCUGAGCCGGCGGCGGCGGUGGGUCACGUGAGCGGAACAUGGCGGCCCCGGCAGGCGGCGGGGGCUCCGCAGUGUCCGUUCUGGCCCCAAACGGGCGGCGCCACACGGUGAAGGUGACGCCGAGCACCGUGCUUCUGCAGGUUCUGGAGGACACGUGCCGGCGGCAGGACUUCAACCCCAGAGAGUACGAUCUGAAGUUUCAGAGGAGCGUGCUCGACCUCUCUCUGCAGUGGAGGUUCGCCAACCUGCCCAAUAAUGCCAAGCUGGAGAUGGUGCCCGCAUCCCGCAGCCGCGAGGGGCCCGAGAACACGGUCCGCGUCGCUCUGCAGCUGGACGACGGCUCCAGGCUGCAGGACGUUUUCUGUUCGGGCCAGACGCUCUGGGAGCUGCUCAGCCAUUUCGCAGAGACCAGGGCGUGUCUGGAGCAGUCGUGGGAGGCCAGCCCGGUCUGCGUGUACAUGAGGGAUGAGGUGCCUGGCAGAGCCGCCUUGCAGAGCACGACGCUGCAGUCGCUGGGCCUCGCCGGGGGCAGCGCCGUCAUCAGGUUUGCCAUGAGGCCGCGCGGCUCGUCCGCCAGGCCGGAGCCCGGGGUCUCCCGGACCAGCAGCCCAGCAAGCCCGGCCUCGGCCUUGCCGGCCCAGCAGGCAGCCGGCAGCCCCCUGCUUCCCUUGGACCCCGCGGGGCUCAGCCGGGGCGAUGUGAGCCGUCGGGACGAAGCGGGCGCCUCGGGGGCAGGCCGCAUGGACGGCCCGGGCCGAAAGCCAGUGGACGCCCCGGUGCAGCCGACUCCGCAGGGGCCCCCGCUGGCCCCCGUUGUGCCUUUCUCCGGCGGGGGGCAGCGCCUGGGGGGCGCCUGCGGCUCCGCGAGGCGCCUGACGUCGCCGUCCGCCAAGCUCCCCAAGUCCUUCUCCGGCCCUGGAGGUCCCUCCCAGCCGAAGAAGUCGAGGCCCCCGCUGGAGCCGGAGCCCGAGCCCGAGCCGCCGGUGGCCCGGGACCCCGUGGUGUGCCACCCUGACCGGGAGGAGCAGGUCCAGGCCUGGCCGGUGGAGCUGCCGGACGAGUUCUUCGAGGUGACUGUGGACGACGUGAGGAGACGCUUGGCCCAGCUCAAGAGCGAGCGGAAGCGCCUGGAAGAGGCCCCCUUAGUCACCAAGGCCUUCAGGGAGGCCCAGGCGAAGGAGAAGCUGGAGCGGUACCCCAAGGUGGUCCUGAGGGUCCUGUUCCCUGACCGGUACGUCCUGCAGGGCUUCUUCCGUCCCAGCGAGACAGUGGGGGACCUGCGGGCCUUCGUGAGGAGCCACCUGGGGAACCCUGAGCUGCCCUUCCACCUGUUCAUCACUCCCCCCAAGACCACCCUGGGUGACCACACGCUGACGCUCUUUCAGGCAAACCUCUUCCCUGCCGCCCUGGUGCACUUUGGAGCUGAGGAACCAACAGGCCUCUAUCUGGACCCCAGGCUGCUGGAACAUACCAUCGCCCCAUCUGCGGCCGACAUGCUGGCGGCCAGGUGCAUGGCCAGUGCCACCGCCACCCUGUCCCCACUCCCAGCCCCUGACCCUGCACCCCUGGAGCCGGAGGCGGCUGCCGAGGAGGACACAGUGGGGCCUCCCGAGCCCGGCGCUGGGACAGCCCAGCCCUUGAGGAGGGAUCUGGGCAAGGUGCCCAAGUGGCUGAAGCUGCCAGCCAGCAAGAGGUGAGAGCUGCCUGCUGAGGUGCCCGCUGCCCGCGACGGGGCCCCUCCCCACCCUGAUGCAAAUAAAGACUGGAGCGUCC